UCCAUGAAUACACAAUAAACAAUGCAAAAAUAAUGGUAAAUUUACCCCCUUUUUAACUGGAAGAACUCCCAAAAGAUGAAAUUUAAUUAUCAGAGUUUUGUUUUUUGAGGAAUUUGGGAUGAUCAAAUUUGUUUGAAUAUUUUGCUGUGCAAAAACGGAAUAUCUGAGAUCGUGAAAGACAGAGAAAAAAAAAAAAUCCUGAUAACUGACUAAACCUAGCCACCAUUCUCAGCAUGUGUCAGUAAAUGUAGUUAUUGAUUCAGUCAAUUUCAAUUCUCACUUGGCAAGCUGUCUAUUCACUUUACUGCAAACUAUCAAGUCAGAUCUACCGUUCUUCUUUCUUUUAUUUAUUUAUUUUUUUAACACAUAUGCUGUGUCACACAGAUCAUUAUGAUGAUUAUGUUGUGGGAUAAGUGACCUGGAUACGAAUAAUUUAAAAAUUAUAUAUAUGAUUUACAAAUUACAAAUACUGUACUAGGUAGUCCAGCAAAACAUGUUACAAUAUAUCCUUGAUGUCAUCACCAAAGAGAUAUUCACCAGUUUUGGGUAAUUUUGGGUCCUUAAUAAGAAUUCCCGAACAAAGCUUAUUGGAUCCACAAAGGCCGAGAUCUAUAGCUGGUUUCAGAAACAAACGAAGGUCUCGACAUUCAUUACCAUCAAUGAAACCUCAGACUCCAGGUUUUGAACGAAGUCAAACUCAUGCUUCACUGCGAAGUAGAAAUGAUGAAAGCAGUAGAGAUGAUGGACAAGAGGAAAAUGGAGUCUGGUUUUGGGUAAAUAAAAGCGGUUUUCCUGUGGAAGAUAAAACAUGGGAUAGAAUGUGGGAUCAUGUUGCUAAGAUACAUCCCGGUGGUUAUAAUAUGGUGUGUAGUAUUCGAGGUGCCAAAGAUUUACCACAGAUACCAACACCACAGCCACCAUUUUCGUUACCUGUUCAGAUGCCUGUUGCCGAGAAACUGGAGAAAAUUCAAAAUUAUAUGAGAGAAUUACAAUAUAAUCAUACAGGAACUCAGUUUUUUGAGAUAAAGAAAAACAGACCAAUCUCUGGGUUAAUGGAAAGUGCAAAAGAGAUGAUACGAGAAGCUUUACCUAUUAAAUGUUUAGAAGCAGUUAUACUUGGCACAUUUUUAACGAAUGGUACAAUGGGUUUAGAGAGAUAUGCUAUAAGUUUUAAAAGUACGUUCGGAUGUCAUGUACAUCGUCAUGUUGUAUUAGGUGUGUAUUAUGGAGGAUUAUAUGGUGCUAUUGGAAUGAGUAGAAGAGAGGAACUGAUGUAUAAACCAUUACAGUACAAGACGCUUUCAGAUUUGAUUUUAGAUUUUCAGAAGUAUUAUAUCAAAUUUCACCAUGAGUUAAAAAAAGUAAAAGUGGGAUUACCUAUUAUUCAUGAUCCACAUAGUUAUGAAACUAUUCCAUGGAAGUGUAUUAACAUAAAUGUAUGUAAAUCAUUGAAGAAAGAAAUGGUUCGAGAUUUGGAUCAACAUGCUAAAGUUAUUCGGUCCAAAGCCAGAUCGUGGACUAUGCCACCAGGAGCGCCCAAGAAAAUGUCUACAUUUAUCGAUACAGUAAAAGAUUGUUCUAGUAGUAGCAGUAAAUCACAAGUAUCUACUAAAUCAUCAUUCUCACAAUUCGGUAUAACUGAACAGAGUAUAUCAACAAGUAAUGGAGGACAUACACAAACAUCGAUACAAGAUAAUUCACAACAUUCUCUUAAAUCUCCUGUCUCUUCGGGAAAUAACGAAUAUUUACUCAGAAUAUAAUAUUACCUUGUGAGAACAGCCUACUCCUGAACAGUGGAAGUGUCCAAACCAGAAUACAAUGUUACCAUAUCAACAACCUCCUAGUCAACAGUACAAAGAAAACCCAAAACAUUAUUUAGUAAUUGAACUGGAGUAUACUGGUCACAAUUUUAUGGAAUACAAUUACUGCUGCU